UUUUGUAUAAUGUUUGAUUUUCAAUAGCAUUGCGCCUCUUGCUAAAUACUGUUCAACAUCAUAAUGAGUACGGCACACGCAUCUGCCGAAUCGAUUCGCGCCAUUCUGUCGUCUCCAUCAACAUGCACACCAGCGACAUCAACAAUACUCAGCGACCUUUUACUCCCCAAGUCCAGCACUCAGAAUGCGCCUGCGAACGCGAAAUCCAAAAAGACCACAGCUGCUUCGGCCAGAACGAAAUCGACAAGACCGCCAGCAGUCAAGGCAAGAGCUAAGAAAGGUGGCGAAGAUGGCAUAUGCGAGAAUGAGGUCGGAUUGUCGCCCAAAGAGGCUUUCACUCUGGCCACUGAGGUUAUCAAUGCUACAUUGAAAUACCUGACCGAUGCAAUUAAAGCCCCUCUUCAGACCUCAGUCCGACGGCAAUCGUCCUCCAAGGACUUGGUAAAAGCUUCAGCUAGGAAAACACUCAGACGGUCGAACUCACUUCCUCAAUCUCCAUUACAACCUCGGUCAUUGAAUCGAGUUGCUAGCUCUCCAAAUAUUAGAGAAAGUAGAUCUUCAUCGACAGCCUCAACUACCACUUCAACCCAUCGACCAAUGGCGGAAUGUGCUAGAGUAGGAUUCGCUUGCUUGAGAACACUACAGGCCUCGAAGUCAGCAGGAACAGAGCUGCCACCACUUCAGCUCGAGAAUGGAAUGUCUGUGUUGGUCGGGAAGUUGAUAGCCUCGGGCUUGGAUGACUUGGCUUUGAAGGAGGUCAGAAUACUGAAACGACGACUAGAAUCCGGGGACAUAUCAAAAGCGCCUAAGUCAAUCGCAGGAAGUAAGACAAGCACCUCAACAGCAGUUCCAAGCUUUGCUAGUCUUCUCGACUUCGGGGAUGUUGAGUUCGCAGGUGCUAAACUGGGGCUGGUAAUAGCAACUCAGUUGCAAGUCUUACGAAUCAUGACUUCGUGUCGCAAGCCCAAGCAAGUCGAAGAUACUCUUCCGAUUUUGAAAAUGGACCACCCGUCUUCCCCAGCCAGACUAUUGCUCAUGGCAGCCAAGGGAAGCCAGUCAGUCAAACAGACCGAAAAGCUUGCGCGACAAUUUCAGACUCUCUCAGACCUGUUGUUGUCGUUAUGUCCAAGUUUAUCCACAUCGGAUGAUUCUCUUGCAUUGGAACCCCGCCUCAGCGUCAAUCCAGCAAUAGCUAUUCAAUUGCAAGCUCUGGCAUUGCAUGAUCGAUUCUUAUGGUGGGGUCUCGCAAAGCAUCAAGGAGACCUGUCGAAAGAAAUUUACGACCCCUUUUUGCGAUGCCUCUCUGCCUUUGCACGUCGAAGUCAGUGCGGAGCCCAGGACACCUACGACUUAGCCCUUAUGGUUGCAGAGGAUCUUUUGGUCUUCCAAUCCGACCACACUAAGCAUCACCCGCAGCCACUGAAGACGACUUUGAGUGGAAUCUAUCGAUUAUUGGGAUCUUUGUCAAAGGAUGCAGAUCGUAUCGAGGACGCCAUCAAGUGGACCAAAGAUGUCCGAGGAUUGCUGGAUGCAAAACUUGACUCGGAUGCUAAACGGUGUUCUGUCAUUGCUAGACUUGUAGGACUUACUCUCCGAAGCGAUUCAGCACUCGUUGAAAGCGAAGAAUUGCUCUUUGCUCUCCUUGAAGAGCUUGAGAGACCAUUCACGGGCGAAUCUUCCGAGGUAGACGAUUUGAUGAAUGAGAUAUCUGGUGCUCGAAGAUCUUCCAUCGGUGUUCUUGCACAAUGCAGAACAUCUUCCGAAGCAAGCACUGGCAGAUGCUUGAGUGAUGGGAUGCGCCAGAUGUGUGAAACUCUUGUGUUUCUGUGCCCACGGUUAGCGUUGAGAUAUCUCGGAAAUUCACCUGAUGCAAAGUCUUCAACCAAAGAUGUUGUUCGCCAUGAACAGCGACGGCAAUUUAUCACCAGAUUAGCAUUACUUUCCAUCGAAUCAUCCCUGGUUCUCAUCAAAAUUCUCGUUGGAGAAGAUCAAAUAUCAUGGGAUCUGGUAGACUCAAAGCUCCAAGACUGUAUUCUGCUUCUCGAUCGGCUUGGCUUGAAUGGUGCAGAUGCCUCAGCAGACAACACUAGCUGUUCAGCGUACUAUACUCGAAUAUCAUAUCUCUACUUUACUCAAUUCCUGAAUAUGAGGCGAAAUCCGGAAGCCAAAGAUACCCAGCAGAUGCGAUCUAUUCGACGUUCAAUCGAUUGUAUGCGGAGUCGACCAAAGCAUGAAAAACAGUCUGCCCAAUUUAUCAUGAAAUUGGAGCGAAUGGCAGAGCUCUGCAAAAAUAUGAACCGCUAUGAUGAGCUCUACCAGACGCUCUUACUGGUUCGAAACGAGAUGAUCGAGGAUGGUGUGCUCUCUACCAUUGUAGAUGGUGCCAAGUCGAAAGCACUGAAUGUAGUCUGGAACGCAAAUGAUCAGUCAAGGAUGUUUGGACGAAACCUUGAAACCCUGAUGAAAGUUGACUUGAAGUACCUCAAACCGGCUGGCCAACGAAAUCAUGUGGAGGAAACCUGGUCGGAAGAUGAGAAGGCAGCUGUCCUCGAGUAUCAAUUAGAGAUACUUUGCAAGAAGCCGAUCGACUCUGUGUCCGAGAGCACACUGAUUUUUAAGCUUCUUUCGCAGUUGCUCAGCAUAUAUCAUCACGACCGGUAUCCCUUACGACGCUUGCGGGUGAUUGUUAAGCUUCUCAGCCUUGAUUUUGAUCGUUCAGAGGAAGGGGCUCAGCUUUUGGAGCACGAUAUGGAUUUUGCACGGGUUGAGCAACUCGUUGUUGAAGAGAGUUUCGAUGAAGGCUUACGACAUUAUCAUGCUCAUUUUAAGACUCUGGCGACUGCUUUGUUGCAGCUUCGAGAGCACCAGCCCAAAGUUGACGUCUUCAGCGACGUGAUUUCGUCAUGGUCCAAGUGCAGAAGCCGCUGCCAAACUUUGACUGCAUUGGAGCAGGAGGUUGAAGAUGUGCCUAGACUACUUAUUCAACUGCAAACUAUUGCAGAGUACUUAAAUAUGAAAGGCCAGGUUACUUUAGCCCUCGCAGUAUUGCGUCUCAAGGUCGAUCUCAACGAGCUUUGCGGCAGUCUUCUUCAUCCGGAUGAUCCAGUCGUUGAUCUUGUACACCUAGCUGGCCAAUGGCUUCAGUUGGGAUACACAGGAAAGGCAGGGUUAGCACUAGACAGAGCCGCAACCUACUCAAACCGCAGCGGAGUCACGUCAUACACCAAGUUACAAUACAAACUCACUUACUGUGACUAUUUCCUUGCUCUGGGGAGUUUCGAGAAAGCGCAGGAAAAUAUGAAUUCCGCUCAGGAAAUAUACUCCCUGGAAAUCGCAAAUAUACUGAACUCGCAGUCACAAUCAGACCCUCUAGAGCAGACAAGGCUGGAUAUCUUGUUAUCUCAUUCUUAUAUCAUUCAUGCCAUGCUCGCCUACGAACGUGGGGCUGCUCAUACGGCCCUGACCCAAGCUAAACAAGGGGUGAGAAUUCUUCAAAACACCUGGGCGAUCGUUGAAAAGAGAGAACGCAGAAGUCUAUCUAGUGCUGGCCUGAAAGCCCAGACCGACGUAGAGAAAUUGACAGAAGAGGUCUCGCAACUCAAUGUCUCGACAAUCUCAAUCGCGGUACCCCAACAUUCUGAAGAAGUUUCCACCAUCUCCGGUCUUUGGCCUCUGGUUCCGUCCUUAUUCCAAGGUUUGAGCUAUUUGUCUCAACUGUACGCACAUAAUGGGAUGUCCCAGGAGAUGAUUUACUAUGCAGAGCAAGCAAAGAAAGUUGCUGAAAUGGCUGGCUCGGAAGCACAUAUGGCCAUUGCGUCGAUGAACUUAGGAAGUGCAUGGCUAAGAUCUGGUGUCUUGGAUAAAGGAUCCGAUUGUUUGAUGAAAGCCAACAAAAUGUCCUUGCUGAACUCUAUGAGCCGAGAGGGUGCCGUUCUCUCUUAUCAUCUAGGUCUCAUGCAUGGGCUCCUUGGGGAUUCCGAAUCAGAAAUCGAGGCUUACAACACGGCUGAGAAAAUCUUGAAAACUAUCGCUACAGCAGAUCACAUCAAAUCGCUCGAUAAAGUCACAGAAGACUGCGAUAUUUUGGAAGGCAACAUGUCACGACUGACCAUAGCCAAAAAGAAGACGAAGACUGCGGCACCGCGGAAGACGGUUGGUCGUGCAAAGCCCAUCUCGAAAGCGAAGGCGAUCACCAGAGCAAAGUCACCUGUGGAAGCUGCUCCAUCGGUAGCCGAGGAAUGCCACCAACUCAACUCGUUCCUGGCCACCGUCCUCAGACAAAAGGCCCAGUCUCUUAUGACUGGAAAAACAGACAUAUCCAUUGACAUGAUUCUGGAGCAAACCGCCAAGUAUGCUCAUACUCAGAUUGAGGUCAUUCAUCAAGGCCUUGUGACUGCGAAACGAUGGGUUCUCGACAGUCUCGAGCAGAUGGAUGCUGAUCCAGUCUAUUCUGUAUUGCAAGAUUCCACUAUUUCUUUCCCAUCCGUUUUAGGUCAGUUCAAAGCCGAUAAACUGGGAGAGAGGCUAUCUGUGGGUAAAACUUCACCACCACAGAAAAGUCAGAUAGGCAGAGGCAACAAAGAUCGCAAUAUUACCAGGAGUCCUAUUCCUGGAAGCUUUUUCGACAAACUCCGCCAAGCCCACGAGCUUCUAACAGACAUUCACGCUACAGCCAUUCACAUUGCACCUUUACCGGUAAUCAACAAGACAUCAGCAUUUCUCAAUAGCGUUGCGAUCUUGCUGUCUGCGAUCAAUCAAGCAAAGGGGCGAUCACUGUUAUCUCCAGGACUCGUAAGUAGUUCAAUCGAAACCACGAGAACCCUCGCGCUUCGACGAGAACGAAAAACGAUCCUGCUCGACCCAUAUCUGGCGUUGCGUUCAAAGGAUGUGGUCUGGCCACAGACGAGCUUGCGCGAAUUAAGACGAUCAAGUAUUGGACCUUCUUGCGAUAUGUCUCGCUUCCAGAAGGAAUACAUAGAUAUCAUCCCAAAAUCUUGGACAGUAAUCUCGAUAUCUCUAGGCGACAAUCGACAGGAACUUUGCAUUUCUAAACUACAGUCUGGCCUUAAUCCGUUCAUCCUUCGUCUCCCACUAGGACGACAUAACUCAAUGGAUGCAGACGAAGAGGUCUUCGGGUUUGAGCAAGGUCGUGCUGAGCUUAUGGAAAUCCUUAAUCUGGCAAACGAAAGUUCUCACGAUGCUGCUACUCGUACAAGUCGAGAAGAUAAGACGGCUUGGUGGGAGGAAAGGGAGUCAUUAGACGCGAGGCUGCGAGAUCUUCUCGAAAACGUCGAGAAGGUCUGGCUAGGUGGCUUCACCGGUAUCUUUUCGCAGCAUGCUAGACGCCCAGACCUCCUGGCCCGUUUUCAGAAAUCAUUUUCGAACAUACUGGAUAGACAUUUGCCUUCAAGACGAAAGAAAGGAAAAAGGCAAGCCAGCCCGCGCAUUACUUUGGAUACCCGAAUCUUGGAUCUGUUCAUAGGUCUAGGAGAUGCCUCGGACGAGGACCACGACUUUUCAGAGCCUUUGACCGAUCUGCUCUACUUUGUCGUCGAUGUGUUGCAAUUCCAGGGAGAACUGAACGCAUAUGCCGAGAUCGACUUUGAUUCGAUAGUGGUGGAGACCCACGAUGCUCUCCGCUCGUACCACGCUGCGAUUCAUUCUGCUGGCCAUACCGAAGAGAACAGACACACCAUAUUGGUGCUGGAUAAGGCCUUGCACUCGCUGCCGUGGGAGUCACUGCCCUGUAUGGAUGGCCUUGCAGUCUCUCGAGUCUCAUCGCUUGGAUGUUUGCGAGACAGAAUUCUUGCUCAACAGAAAUCCGGUGCUGUCGACGCAGCGGAAGGUCAUUACAUUAGCAGAAGUAAAGGGUCGUACAUUCUUAAUCCUGCAGGAGAUCUCAAGAACACGCAGACAACCUUCCAGAAGAGCCUCGAGAGACUUGAGAAUUGGCAGGGCAUCACCAACCGCGGUCCAUCCGAAGAGGAAUUCAGAGAACAGCUAGUCACCAAAGAUCUGCUGUUGUACUUUGGACAUGGCAGUGGAGCACAAUACAUACGUGCUAAAGAGAUCAGAAGACUUGAGACUUGUGCUGUUACCAUGCUCAUGGGUUGUAGUAGUGGUGCUCUCACAGAAGCAGGAGAGUUCGAGCCUUACGGACCCCCAAUUAACUAUAUGCAUGCUGGCUGUCCUGCAUUGGUAGCCACGUUAUGGGAUGUGACUGACAAGGACAUUGAUCGAUUUGCCAAAAGCACAUUCGAGCAUUGGGGGCUUCUUGAACCAGAGAUUCCAGGAAAGGGAAAGGGUAGAAAGAAGGUUGAAGAGACUCAACAUCAUGUGUCUUUGGCCGAAGCAGUGGCGAAAGGAAGAUCGGUUUGUAAUUUACGAUACUUGAAUGGGGCAGCGGUAUGCAUUUAUGGUGUUCCGGUGUACUUGGAAUAAUCGAUUGAGGAGGCGGCGUUGGAUGAUUAGAAGUGUAGAGUAGCAUCAGACAGGAGUUAACAGGUUCUCAAUAUCAGCAGCAAAUUCGAGUCGCAUC